AACGGAGAUAGAUUAUUAUGAUAACGUCGGACCCCUCGCUUGUACAACGUUGGUACAGUCUACAGCGCUGCAUGUUCACACGGUUUCUGCACGGCGCCGGUGUCACUAGAGAAAGAAGGGGGGUCGGCCGGACCAGCCCAGCGACAGGCUCUGUUUUCUGGAGGAUGAUGGUGAACCAUUAACAGUGUUGAACUGGCUAUUGGAAUACAGCUAGGGUAACUGUGCGCGAGACUUUUCCAUGUAGAAAGACACGUGAAGUCCUGAUUCCGUUGUCUCGGUUUGCGGGUUUUAAAACACAUGAACGGAAACCGGGAAUCAAGCUACGCUUCUCCCGCGAGUGGCACCGGUCAGUAGGCUAUAACAUGGAUGCUGAUGUGCCUCUAGGCCGGAGAAGAUCGAAUUCUCGGAACUGGAUUUAAUGCAUAAUCUAUUGGGAUUAUUUUGGGUUUGACAGAUCAACCCUGGUUUUGGGCGACUAUAAAGAUUUCGGAAGAUGACGGAAGGGAGGCGAUGUCAGGUCCACCUCCUGGACGACAGGAAGUUGGAGCUUCUUGUCCAGCCCAAACUCAUGGCGAAGGACCUGCUGGAUCUGGUAUCCUCCCACUUCAACCUCAAGGAGAAGGAGUACUUUGGCAUCUCCUACACAGACGAGACGGGCCAUUUCAGCUGGCUGCAGUUGGACCGGAGGGUUCUAGAACACGAGUUCCCCAAGAAGUCUGGACCCAUAGUGCUCUUCUUCUGUGUCAGGUUCUACAUAGAGAGCAUAUCCUACCUGAAGGACAAUGCCACGAUCGAAUUGUUCUUUCUCAAUGCAAAGUCCUGCAUAUACAAGGAGCUCAUCGAGGUUGACAGCGAGGUCGUCUUCGAGUUGGCCUCCUAUAUUGUUCAGGAGGCUAAAGGAGACUUCACCAGUAAUGACGUGACAAGGGGAGACCUGAAGAAGCUUCCGGCAUUGCCGACUCAAGCCCUGAAGGAACAUCCCUCCCUGGCUUACUGUGAGGACAGAGUGAUAGAACACUACAAGAAACUCACUGGACAGUCCAGGGGCCAGGCCAUCGUCAAUUAUAUGAGCAUCAUAGAGUCUCUGCCCACAUAUGGAGUGCAUUACUAUGCGGUCAAGGAUAAGCAGGGGAUCCCUUGGUGGCUGGGUCUGAGCUACAAAGGCAUCUUCCAGUAUGACUACCAGGACAAGGUCAAACCCAGGAAGGUGUUUCAAUGGCGUCAGCUGGAGAACCUCUACUUCCGAGAGAAGAAGUUUUCUGUGGAAGUACAUGAUCCCAGGAGUAGGGCGUCUGUGACCAGGAGGACGUUUGGGCACAGUGGCAUCGCUGUGCACACCUGGUACGCCUGCCCUGCCCUCAUCAAAUCCAUAUGGGCCAUGGCCAUCAGCCAACACCAGUUUUACCUGGACCGCAAGCAGAGCAAGUCAAAGAUCCACGCAGCUCGGAGUCUGAGUGAGAUCGCCAUAGACCUGACCGAGACCGGCACCCUGAAGACUUCCAAACUAGCCAACAUGGGGAGCAAGGGCAAGAUCAUCAGUGGAAGCAGCGGGAGUCUGCUCUCCUCGGGCUCCCAGGAGUCGGACAGCUCCCAGACAGCUAAGAAGGACAUGCUGGCAGCCCUGAGGGCCAGACAGGACGCCCUGGAGGAAACACUGAAGCAGAGAAUGGAGGAACUCAAGAACAUCUGCAUCAGAGAGGCCGAGCUCACAGGGAAGCUUCCUAAGGAGUACCCCCUAGACCCUGGGGAGGAAGCCCCCACUAUUAGAAGGAAGAUCGGCACCGCCUUCAAACUGGAUGAGCAGAAGAUCCAGCCCAAGGGAGAGGAGGAGGAGCUGGAGCGUUUGGAGCGGGAGUUCGCCAUCCAAUCCCAGAUCACCGAGGCGGCCCGGCGAUUGGCCAGCGACCCCCACGUGAGCAGUAAGAAGCUGAAGAAGCAGAGGAAGACGUCCUACCUGAACGCUCUGAAGAAGCUGCAGGAGAUCGAGAACUCCAUCAACGAGCACCGCGUCCGCUCCGGCAAGAAGCCCACGCAGAGAGCCUCCCUUAUCAUCGAGGAAGCCAACAUAGGCUCGGAGGACAGCUCACUGUCUGACGCGCUGGUCUUAGACGAUGACGACUCCCAGGUGACAGGGACACCCACCUUCUCCCCGGCGGCCUCCCCCCACAAGGGCCUGCCCCCCCGGCCUCCCUCCCACAGCCGCCCCCCUCCCCCGCAGUCCCUGGAGGGCCUGCGGCACCUGCACUACACACGGCAAGACUACGACAAGUCCCCCAUCAAGCCCAAGAUGUGGAGCGAGUCCUCGCUGGACGAGCCCUACGAGAGGGUCAAGAAGCGCUCGACGCACUCCAGUCACAGGCGUUUCCCCAGCUCUGGGAGCGCGGAGGCUGGGGGCAGUAACUCUCUCCAGAGCAGCCCCAUUAGGAGCCUCCCUCACUGGAACUCCCAGUCCAGCAUGCCCUCCACCCCCGACCUAAGGACCAGGGCCCCGCACUACGUACACUCCACCAGAUCUGUGGACAUCAGUCCUUCCCGUCUCCACAGUCUGGCUCAGCACUUUAGGAACCGGAGCUCCAGCCUGGAGUCCCAGGGGAAGCUGCUGGCCUCCGACCCCGACACACACACACACACUCUGGGACCGCUGGGCAGCCCCGACUUCUUCCUGGGCCCAGGGACGCGCCACUCCAACGGCUCGGACCCCCUGGACGACUGCUCGUCCUGCACCAGCCAGAGCAGCUCGGAGCACUACUACCCCCCAGGGCCCCUGGCCCCCGGCAGCAACCCCAACUACUCCACCCUGGGGGAGGACUCCCCCUCCAAGGCCCGGCAGAGGCAGAGGCACAGGUCGGCGGGUCACCUGGGCUCCUCCAACUCCGGCUCCAUGCCCAACCUGGCGGCUAAGAACGGCUGCGGGGCGGGCGCAGGCGGCGGCAGCGCCGGAGGAGGAGGGGGCCACCACGGGGUGUACCUCCACAGCCAGAGCCAGCCCUCGUCCCAGUACCGCAUCAAGGAGUACCCCCUGUACGUGGAGGGCAGCCCCAACCCCGUGGUGGUGCGCAGCCUCGAGAGCGACCAGGAGGGACACUACAGCGUCAAGGCCCAGUUCAAGACCUCCAGCUCCUACACUGCCGGCGGCCUGUACAAGGAGACCUGGGGGGGCGAGGAAGGCGGCGAGGGCAGUGGCAGGCUCACCCCCUCUCGCUCCCAGAUUGUACGGACUCCCUCGCUGGGGCGAGAUGGGGGUGGAGGAGGAGGAGGAGGGGGAAGGGCGGCGGUGUCGGACGAGCUGCGGUGCUGGUACCAGAGGUCCUCAGGGAGCCUGAAGGAGAGGGCCCACUCCCACUCGGGGUCCAACGCCUCGGACGGAGGCUCUCAGCAGGGCACGCUGGGACACGGGCGAGGGAGCAGGGUGGGCACGCUCGCCAAGGGCUCACCGGCAGCUUCUCCUCACAGCCAGAGGAGUAUGACCCCCUCCAGUGAACUGACAGCCACUCCCACCCCUCCCUGCAGCCCACAACAUAUCCUCAACUGGCAGAGCGGGUCGUUCACCGACAGCUGCUUCCUCAGCAGCCCCCUGUGUUCAGAGCUGGCAGACGUGCAGUGGUACGGACACGACAAGGCCAAACCUGGAACCCUGGUCUGAGACCCCCCGCCUCCUCCAUCGCCCUCCCCCGCCCCCCACAUGCAAACACACACUCGACUGCCCUCAACCAUCCAGCUCCACAAAUCAACCACCUCCACCCCAGCCCACCACUGUGCUCUGACUAGACUGACCAUAGAACAGAUGUACAGCCCCCCUCUCCCCUGUUACCAUAUAGCUGUCCACACUCCUCUCCCUCUGCUGGGACUUUGCCUUGGAGCAGCCAACCAAUGGGAAACCAGAGCCUCAGCUCCUGAACUUUGACCUUGAACCCUGUACCAGAGCUUGUCUACUCCUCGUAACCCAGACACAGAGACUUGGCUAAGGGGAGGGUAAAAUAGAGCACACACACAGACAUAUAGACUACUUCCAAUAUCCCAUAUUCAUACCCAAACCCCAACCCUGACUGUAGUGACUGUCAGUACUGCCAGCCAAUCAGAAGAUACUUGAUGGAUUUGAGCCCCACCCCCUAAUUCGGACUAAUGUUUGGGGCGAAGUACAUUUCUUUUUUCUGUUGUUGCCAUUUUUCUUUUCUGUUAAUUUCUCCUUUCGUUUUCUAUACAAACAAAAAGUUAGCAUCACUGAAGACAGACUCUUCUUAGCACUAUCAGAAAAUGAAUCAGUUAUUUGUGAACCCAUACACAAAAAGAAAGACCAAACAACAAACCCAAUUCUAAUUCCAAAGCAUACCUGUCUUGGACCCAGCCAGAGAUCCACCAGACUAAAUGGACAGUCCUGUCUCAAUGUCAGUCCUACAGCCCCAGGACUGGUGCUCAGCAUAGGCUAACUGGGAACUCUGGCUCAUGCUGGGGAGUACUCAGACCCCUACUGUGCUGGGAGUGGACACACCAUGACUGGGCCUCCAGGAACGGAGAUGAGGGCCAGAAUCUGCUCCUCCCUGGGCCAGAAUCUGCUCCUCCCUGGUCCAGAAUCUGCUCCUCCCUGGGCCAGAAUCUGCUCCUCCCUGGGCCAGAAUCUGCUCCUCCCUGGGCCAGAAUCUGCUCCUCCCUGGGCCAGAAUCUGCUCCUCCCUGGGCCAGGGGCAGGGAGGGAGCAGGACCAGGCCAGUCACAUGUUGUCAUGGUGUAGGAGUGGGAUAGGGCUGGAGAGGAAAAGGACGUUCCCCCUUUGUCCCUGUGACGCAGGGAACACGAGCCCCCCAGUCCACACCUCAACAUAGGGAUCAACAGUUAUUCCGUAACAAUCAAGGCUGAUCUGGAGGGAUGAAACCUUCUAUAUUUUUUCAUAAUUAGAUUUUUAGAUGGGCCGGGUGAAAUGUGAAAGCCAAUCAUCGGCUGGUGUGUUCAGCAGUGUGUGCCUCUCUUUCAUCUCGUCCCUCUCCUUCUGGUCCAAGCUGUUGGAGGGCUGACCUCCCAUCGCCCUGUGUGGCUGUCAGCACAACACGGAUGGUGGGAGGAGUGUCCAUGUGUUCGUUCCUUUGAUUGGCUCUCUCUGUCUGGCCCACCCCCGGUAUUGGUUUCCUCCUUCUGUGACAGCCAGCAGGUCAGGGUAGCAGACUGGAGGUUCAGAGGCCGACCUUAAACCCCCGGAGCGGCCUCAGGAGAGCGCUUAGUCAUGGAAGAUAGACAUCUCACGAGGAAAGCUCUCAUGUUUCAGAUCUCUAGAUCUCAAAGAGGCGUCUGUGUUUUGUAUGAUGUUCUUGUAGCUAUGCUGUUCUAGCUGUACUACUCAGAUUUACUGUUAACCAUUCAACACAGGCCAGGCCGUGGUUUUAGACUGUCAUAUUUUUGCUCAAACCUCCUCUCUCUUUCUCCCAAAACAUUGUUCUUUCAGCAGUGCCAUCUAUGUUUUGUACUGUAUCCCAGUAAUUCCCAUAAACUUCAAAUCCGAGAAUGCUCUUACAGUAGUCAAGCAGGAAGUGCACAGGAUCUGACAAGUCAUCAGACCAGAGUUAAGGAGCCGGAAGACGUCUCUUAAAUGGACCAGUUAAACUCCUUAGUCAACUGAACCAGGUUUUAGUGUCAACAAAUAAAGGUUUUAAAUCUGAAUUUUUAAGAGCACAACAUUUACACAAUUACACAGUGUCUUUAAGACUAUUAUUGGUGAAGAACCAGUAUUCUUCAGAACAUUUGAAUCACAGCACAUGAUUUAGAAUGCAUUCCAGAUAGCAACACAUCCAUAAAGACAUGCCGACACAUAUGCACACUCAUGUAUAAAGACCACCUCACCCUAAAAACAAACAGGGUGUUUAUGUCAUUGUGCUUUUAAUACUGUGGGUGAUGUUGUGUGUGAACUUUGACCUUUGGAAUGGCCUUGAUACGGGGCCUCUGCAUCCUUUUGUAACAGGACUGCACCACAGAAAACACAAAGCCAUACCCCUGACCUGAGACCAGCCUUUCUCAGCUGUGCAUUCAUUGAGAACCCAAAUCCUUUGCCACAUACAUAAAGUAACAGGUAUUUUAAAGCACACCCUCCGUUUUUUGUACCGAAGAAAGGAAACUGCCUAAAGUUUGACGGGAUGCCUCAUAUGUGAAGUGUUGUUCUUGUAUGUAAACAAAUGAAACAAGGAAUUGUAGUCCCUUAUAACAGCUUGUGUCCUCUGCUGAAUCAUAUCCUCACCCAGAACAGCUGGAAGGGUUUUCUUGUUCCAAUGGGGUUUCCAUCAACUGUUUUAUCAUUGCACAAGAAUAAGACAGUCAUAUCUGUUUAUACUUAGCUAACAGUAGUGGAAUUUUUCACAGAUUGAGAGAGGCAUGUUGCCUUGGUUACUUACUUACAGGAAAUAUCCUUGAAAAGUUGAUAAUUCUAUCAGUGAUGGUCUGGAGGUCAUGGUACUAUCCCGCUUCUGAGUACGACCACAGAGCCAUUUGCUUCUCUGAAUCCCGAGAAAUGUUAUUCACUGAUAUCUAGACUACCUUAUUAUGUAUGGUAGGGUGUUGCCCAUUCCUUGCAUGAUCCUGUAGCUAGAAAAUGAUUCUCCCAGAAUGGAUCCUGCCAUACCAAGCCCAUCUUCUCCAAUCCUCUCCUGCAGAAUGCUUGGUUUGACCAGGCUUGGCCCUGGCCUACACACCGACCUUCUGCCCUUACCACUUCUAACCCAACAUGCCUCAAGGAUCAAGGAACAAAACCAAGAAUCCCAAAAAAUUAUUUAAAAUCCUGAUUUGACCUUUAACCCCUGCCCCCUGUGGUAAUCUCGGACCUCUAAGAUCAAUGUGAUGUAUGUAUUCUUCCCACAUACUGUAAUCCCAAACACACCAUGCUCUGUGCUCCAUAGAAAAUGUAAGACAUUAGAAAACUUAACUAACUCUUUUAUCCAUAUGUUCCUGUAUGGAAGGCACUGUAAGCCUAUGUGGGGUUGAUAACAUUAUCUGCUGUUUUAACAAUGUUCUUUUUUUAUAUGAACCAGUAUUCUAUUGUUAAGUUCUGACAUUGUAACAACCCAUUCAGGUGCUACACAAUGACCAGUUACUGCUUUGUCAAAUAGGAUACUAUAGGCCUCUUUUCAUUGUUAUCAAUAGUUACAAAUACCAGAUGUGCAAAACUAAGACAUACUUUAACAACCAUUCAGUAGGACACCCCUCCACCUGUCAAUAGCGCAUGUAACUUGAUUUUAUGGGUUCUGUUCAACUGUAAACAGACAGAAAAAGGUGUUGUAGAAAAAAAUGUGGAAUUGACAAAAAAAAUACAGAAUUCCACAGUUAAUUUAUUCUUUUUUCUAUUAAGAAUUUGUAUAGUAACUUUACAUUUUUCAAAACUGUGUCGUUGGCAACUGAAGAUGAAUUUUCCAGAUGAUAAGACUUGGUGGUUCUUGAGAUUAUGAAAAUAAAUUAUUGCUGAAUGUUCGCAAGAUGGAGCCUCUG